GUGGAUCAGCCCUCGCGAUAAAGCCGCUUCAAUUGUCUGGACCCAGCUACUGCAGCCGUGCUCUCUGGAAGCACCAAAGUCCGCCCCCUGUUCCCUCCAGUGCACUCUACCACUAUCUCAAAUGGCCACAAAGACCGCUGCCGACUAUAUCUUGCGCAUCAAGGCCGGCGCCUCCGUCGACCCCACGACGAUGCUGAUUGUCAACCCCAACGACGAGCUGAGCCCUAUCCUGAUCGAUUCGGAGCACUUUGUUGGAUACGUCGUCGUCCGCGUCCUCAAUUUUGCGGGCGUAACACCGUCCGAUGCCGGCCUGAUACCAAACCCUGCCAGUAACUACUUCAAGGGCCGGAAUCGAAGAUAUUCGAUCAUGGUCCAGGGGCGAUGGAAAAAGGAAUGGAGUGGCGACGACGUGGUCUUCAGCUUGGACGUGGACUCCAAGUGCCGAGUGCCCACGGGCGCCAGCAUCGGCAUUAAGAUUGCCAAGUGGCUGGAUCCAUCGCUUGGGGCUGAUCUGUACUGCGACAAGCCCUGGAUCGCCUCACCUCUGAUCACAGCCAUGAACGCACUCGCCAUCUACUUGCCCAGCCACGAGAUGCUGGCAAACGGCCGUGCAGCCAACAGCAACGACAAGCUGAGCAAAUCCAAGAGCGCCACGUCUGCAGCGCCAUCGACAGACUCGAUUCCAGCCCUCACUUCGGCGCUCGCCAGCACUUUGGUUUCUCAACCUGGGGCAGCACACAGAAGGUCCCCGUCGGCCGGAAACAAAAAGGACGUGUACUAUGCAAGCGAGAGCCGCAAGCCUUCAGAAGACAUCGGGCAGUGGUCGUUCCAUGACCGCAUGGUCCCGGAGGAGACUGCGCUGCUGCUCGACACAAGCACCGCCUCGGGCGCCUUGUCGUCCUAUGACAAACGCAAAAAGUACUUUUCGGACGAGAGCAAACGGAAGGGCGUCACCCUCAAGACUGACCGGGUCUACUGCAUGGACUUUUACGAUGCCUACUUUGACUUCAACACGGUGAGCCUCAAGCUACCGGGCUUCUCGCUCAAUGCAUUCAAAUACUGGGACGGGCAGCCGCUGCGCUUCACGGCCCGCACCCGCGACCGGUCGGUGGUCUUUUUCAGCGUGCUCUUCGAGCUGCUCGAGCGUGCGAGCCUGGGCCUGCCGCCCGACGACGAGUCGCACCUCAUGCAGAACGACAUGGAAGUGCGCGUCGACAACGUUGACAUCCCGCCUUCAAUUCUCGAAGCUGAUUCCUGAUCAAUCGACAGCGUAUAAGCGCUCCGAUUCCCAUCGCGUUGCAGUCAUCCUGGAGGCGGGUUGGGCAUUUCGUGAACAAACAGAGCGCGAUUCUAUCUUGUGUGUGCGUGUGCGUGCGAAUUCAUCGAUCUUCUGCUCAUCUUUCCACAUCUUGGGAUUCCUAUAGAGAUAUACAGCUCAUUAAAGAGAUGCUUUGACCACCA